CGGAAAUCAACUAUAUCAUAAUGAGUUUAUUAAGUGCAGUUUUGCAGGAGGUUCAAAAAGUGAGUACAGAAGAUUUAAAGAAAAGUCGAGAUCAAGUCUUACCUAUCAUAAAAGACUUAACUGAACGAGUACAGUUACUAUCUUGGGCUUUACAGCAAAAUAUUAUCGAUACGUACGUAAAUUAUACUUUAACCAAGAGCUUAGAACAAUUAAAUUACAGCAAUCGAAAAGCUAAUAUUAUAUCUGACUACUCUAAAUGUGUGGAAGAUGUGGAGUCCUUGCGUGAAAGAUUUCAAGUGAAUGAUGAAGAGUUUAAGAACCACAAUGAUAAAUUGAACAAAUCGUUUGCGAUUUUUAAAGAUUUAUGCGUCAUUGUUGAUGGGAAAAGGAUUUUGGAGAAAGCAAAUCAUGAAUUUGGCAGAUAUAACUAUAGCGAUGCCAUGCUGGCUAUCAAGAAACUAAAAACAGACCUAAAACGUUUGAAGUUCGAAGGAAAUAUGGCGAAAGCUUUGACAAACAUCAAUGCUCAGGCAGAGAACCAGUUGGCAUUAUACACAGCACAGUUAAGUAUGGAAUGGGAGGAUAUUUUUACUUGGUCAGAGAAAAAAGGUCUUAAAUUCCUAACUUACUCAUUAUCAGUUCAACAAAGUGAUCCUUUCUUACUACAGAAAAUACUGAGGACUCUGUAUGCCACAGACAGAAUAUACGCUGAACUUGGUUUAUUCUCCCAUUUCUUUAUAAACAACCUCCUUCAUAAUGUCAUAAGGCAUAACUGUGAUAUCUUCACUGAAGACCACAUCGGAGCCAUUGUUUUUAACAUAAAAAUUAAUCUCAAUGAAUCUGAAAAGCCUAACUAUCAAACUAUUUUUAAUAACUUGACAGCAAUAUUUGAGUUUCUUCAUUCAACAUUGGGGUCACAGUUUGAGAGUGAAAAAACUUUUAUAGAAAUAUUUGCUGAAACAAUCCGCCAAAAGUUCUUUCACAAAAUAAUUGAAGAUUGUAUCCGUAUGAACUUGCCGUCUUGUGACAGCAGCUACCAGAAUUAUAAGAACAUUGUAAUUGAACUGGAUUCCUUCAACAAAUUCCUUAUUGACCUAAAAUUCGUGAACGCAAAUGAAUCUCCGUUAAACAAAUACAUAGAUGAUACGGAAUGUGUUUUGUACAAUAAGAAAUGUGAUAAAUUACUAUCUGAUGUCCGUAGUCUGUUGAAUGAGAGUUUGUCAUAUGGUUCCAUUGUAGUUGGUUCCGUGACUAACUUAGGAAAUGAUUCUAUACUAGAUGUUACAGAUAACAAUGGUCUAUGGGACAUUAAUAAGCCACUUUUUCUCCCAAAAUGCGUAAUAUCACAGAAUGUAAAAGCUAUAAUGUCUUUGAUUGUGGAACAUUUGGAAGAGAGUGCGAAGUUACCGGAGAAGUACAAUAAACAGCUGGUCAGUUACAUAAAGGAUAUUGCAAUUAUGUAUCAGAGCUUAGUACCGAAGAAGUUUAAAAUUAAUUUGGAAUGCUGCCCAUCUGAUAUUGCUCUGUUCUUCAACAACUGCUUCUACUUAGCACACAGCUUGCUUGGUCCUCCUUGGUGCAAUACUUUACCGAAGUCCUUAGCUGACCAGUUGACUGUUGUCCUUCUGGAAUGUAUCCAGGAUCUAAGGGUGUUGGGUCUAGAGAAGAUAUCCCUAUACCUUCAAAACCAGAAGAGUAGUAUAAUGCAGAGUAUUGAAUCCAAUGGAAACGGCUGGAGCCACGAAUCGUAUGAGCAGUUCGACUGCGCGAUAAAUAACGCUGUAACAUUGAUGAAGGAUCUCAAAAGCAGCUGGUACAAUGUCCUGCCAACCCGUAUGUACGAGAUGUCAGUGUGUACGUUAGUCCAGGCUCUCUGCCAGUCGGUGCUGGAGCGAGUACUGGCGGAUAGUAAGCCGGUCAGCGAGGAAUUGGUGUUCAUGCUCGCGCUGAGGGUUGAACAAACUAUUGCUGAUGUGUUUACCUUGUUUGAGGAACCUAUACAUUUCGAAACGAAAAUCAAUGUGUGGUCAAAAUUCAUAAAACUACCUGAGCUAUUAAAGGCCCAACUUCUGGAGAUAUCAGACUUGUGGAAUAAGAACCGGGAUCAGUUCCAAAGCUACAGCUGUGAAGAAAUUCGGCAGAUUACGGCAUUCCUGAUCAUUUCGCUAGUGAUCGUCGUCAAUCAAGGAAGUGGCGUGACGGCACAAGAUGACAAUGUUGACGAACCGCUCGCUGUUGAGACGAAGAAUAGAGCGAUAACUAUAUUACAUAACCCAAAGUACGUAGAGCAACCUCAACCCAAUAACCAGUCUUUGACGAAACCUGACUUGCCUACUCACAAACCUGAACAAAGACCGCCAAGUAAACCGCCCAACGUCCCUGACAAAGCAGUGAUCAAAAAUCACAAAGUUGAUGUUCCUCGACCACAUCAUGGGCAAAUACAAAAGCUGCCCCCGCCACGACUCUAUCCCAAGCAAUCUGUGAAGCUGCAUCAUUCACCAAACUCAAUUUAUAAGUUUCCCAGAGUGAUUCCGCUACCACCACACCAUAGGACAUACUACUUCAAAAAUAACCGACCAUUAGUGUAUGCCGCAUCUACGGGCAAACCUGUCCUUUCAAAGAGCCCUAAGUUCAGCUUGCCCGUCCAAGUGGUUAAUGGCAUCCGAACUGAUUUUGUCAGGCCGCCGAAAUUUAAUUCUACGAUCGCGACGUCAACAACGACUACAACCACUGAAGCCACCACCACCACUACCACAACCACUCAAAAACCUUUAAGGACGAAAAGAAUCUGGCCCAAACGUGUUCUAGACAAAGUGAACUCGACUUUACACAACACGACAUUGACAAAAGACAAUACGACUGUUUUAGCUAAGACAAACAUUACUUACGAACCAGACACUUCAGAAUCUAUCAAUCAACGAAUCAGAUAUGUACACAGAACUACAAAUGCGACGACGACGACCACGACUACGACUGUCGCACCAUCAACGCCGCGGGUGUAUCGCCCAGUCACCAGGAAAUUAAAAGUUAAAACCAUUGCCACCACUUCACCAUUGCCACCUAUAAAUUUCACACAAAUUGAGCCUAAUGACUGGGUGCCAAUAUUGCCUUCUCAUUAUCCUAAAUUCAACAAGAAGGCCCCGACGACUGCAAACAUUAAACGAUCGGAUUUUUUCCCUGCUAACCCCGCCGCGACUCAAAGUAAGCAAAUGAUGUACUUGCAAUCUUUUGGGCUUGUCCCAGUACCAAAUUCUAAAAAUGCACCAAUAAUGGCCAGAAAAAAAAUGGUUUUCUUUAAACGAAAACGGCACUUGAAUCCGUAUUAUUCUGGUUACAGUGGGAAGCGGGGACGUUCGCCGAUGCACAUCGUGUACGGGGACCUAGAAAGCGAUGGGAGCCACAGUCACCCACGAGUCGUCACCAAAAUCAAACAUCACCAUCACCACCACCAUCACAGAUACAUCAAAACAGUAGAGAAACCAGUCAAAGUUCCAUACAAAGUCGAAGUUCCAAAGCCAUACCCUGUUAAAGUAGAGAAGAAGGUACCGGUGCCAGUAGAGAAGAUAAAAGUGGUGGAGAAGCAGGUGCCUUACCCAAUAACCGUGGAGAAAAAGGUGCCUUAUCCGAUAGGAAUCAAAAUACCACACCCUGUGCCUGUGAAAGUUGUCGAAAAAGAGUAUAUCCCGAAACCGUAUCCCGUAGUGCAACAAGUACCAGUAGUGAAACAUGUGCAAGUGAAAGUUCCGCAACCUGUACCGGUUCACGUUGAGAAGAAGGUGCCUUAUCCCGUGCCAGUAAAAGUACCGGUACCGGUCGACCGGCCAGUGCCGGUGCCAGUGCACGUAGAGAAACAGGUACCAUACCCGGUGCCUGUUAAAGUUCUCGUUCCGCAACCGUACCCUGUCGAAACGAAAGUGCCGUAUCCGGUGCAAGUCAAAGUGCGAGAGCCAGUCGAGGUAAUAAAACAUGUACCGGUAAGAGUACCAUAUCCGCAACCGUACCCGGUCAAAGUUCCGCAUCCGGUGCCAGUGCAUGUUGAAAAACGAGUACCUUAUCCGGUUGAAGUGGAAAAGAAAGUUCCCGUACCAGUUCACGUGUAUGUUCCGCAAAAAGUAGAAGUAGAAAAGAGAGUGCCCGUGUACGUCAACAAGCCUUACCCCGUAGAGAAGAAAGUUCCCUACCCAGUCAAAGUGCCGUAUCCAGUUAAAGUGCCUGUAAAAGUACCGGUCAAAGUGCCGGUGAAGGUGGAAGUGCCAGUGUACAUUCAUCAUCCUUACCCAGUAUACAAUGAUGAUCAUUACGUUCAAUACGAAACUAGCUUUGUGACUGAGCACUCGCCAGUCUCAUCAAGUACACCUCAGCAUACGGUCACUGUACACGGGAAUACGGGCUUUAGUGGUUUCCAAUCUCGGUCUGAUACGGAAACAACGACAGCAACCACACCCGCUAGUUAACUAGGUAAUAGACAUUUGCAAAUACCUACUCAAAAUACAUAGUUCAUAAUACCCGAACGAAUAGAAUAAUGUACCAUGUUGUUAUCAAUAAGUUAUUGUGGUGUGUGUGGCAUGCUAAAUAUAAGUUCAUUAUGAGUAAAUGGAUGGUGCUGUGAUA